AUGGCCACAGUGACAGAGCGAAAGGAGCAAGUAGCUACGUGGAAUGGUGACCCCGUCCUCUGGCAGGACUACGUAAAGAGGGUUAGGCUGCAGUAUGAAAGAACUCCAGUGAAGAAGAGAUCCCUGCUAGGUGCAGAACUGGCAAGUCGCCUUACGGGGCGAGCGUGGGACGUCGCCUCAGCUGACCUGGACCACCAACGCCUGCAGAAACCGGAUGGACCAGCAUACUUGUUACAGUUUUUAGAACAGAAACUUGGAAAGGGUCCUAUCCCCGAUAGCGGACAGCGUUUGGAAGAUUUCUUCGUUCGUUUGAGGAGAUCCCCGGGUCAGUCGAUGGCAGAGUGGAGCACACAACUGCGUGAGUCUUAUCGCAGGUUGCAGAUAGCUCUAGCGAGACAGCGCUUUGAGCGAACUGGAACAACUGAUGACCCACGCAAGACGUCCACCUCUCAGGUCUCUACUCGUGGUGCUGGAGAUUUGCAGUCAACACCGGAGACUCAAAGGCGGCGGUCUGAUGUCACUAGCCCACAACAUCGAACAGAGAUACCACCUCCUCGGACAAUCUGGGAGGAUGAUCAGCAUGAUGAAGAGCCUCGCCCGGCAGGUGCGCCUGUCGAUCCAGAACCUCAUGAGCCCAAUGUACAAGGAGAAUAUGAACAACUGCCAGCCUCAGAACCUUCGGAGCGUAGUUGGCAGCGGCGGUGGACCGAUGACGAGUGGAGAGACUGGAGACGACAGCAGCGACGUUGGCAUCAUGGACGAGGACGGUAUGACUCGUCUGAUGAGGAAGACCAUGAAGACUUUCCUGAAUUUCAGUGGGAACAGUUUGAUUUUGCCAGCGUGGAAGUGUUGCCACCUGAAAUCUUAGGAUGGUUACUGCUGAGACGAUCAGGUCUCCCCUCCUCGGCACGCCUUAGUGUCUUGAGCUCGAUCAACAACAAUUUGGAUCUGGAUACGAUGGAGAGAGCCAUGAGAGAUCAAGAAGAGGAGCUCUUGCAAGCAGAGGCACAGAGACAACAGCAUGGCGGAUUUCGUGGUAGACGUUCAUACUGGGUAGAAGAGGAUUCACAAUGGGGUUUGUUAGCAGACCUAGAAGCGGAAGAACUGGAUGAGAAUUCCAUUCUGUGGUGUGGAUCGGAGCUUCCAGAAGAGGUAUAUGCAUCCUCUCCUAAGGCUUCGGCUUGCACUGCUUCGUCAGACAGCUGGACUACACAGCUGCCUUCGGGCCAGGAACUGCAUUGGGAAUGGUGCGAUGAUGACUUCUACGCCCUAGAUCCUGCAGAUGGGUGCUACUGGUCAUGUGCAGAGACGAAGGACUGGAUGGACGCUUACACCAAUUUCACUGACAAGAUGCGUAUACCACCGUCGACAGCGUUGGUGAUUACUGGAGUGGCCAGCUAUGAAGCUGAGGCGGAAGGUGGGGAUGAGUCCACUGCUUGGGCUACACUGUCAGCUGAAUAUCCGGGUCAUGCCAUACUUGAUUCCGGAGCCACGGAUUCAAUAGGGUCUUUAGAGGCUUUACAACAACUGAUGGACAUUCGUUUUGCAAAGUUUGGACAUGAAGAUGUGCAUGUGUAUGAACAGAACAAAAAGUUUCGUUUUGGCAACGGCCAGACUCAGAGAGCGGAAUCAUUUGUAGAAAUACCACAAUUUGUGGGUGGAAAGCCGGUGCAUCUUGGAAUCCACACUUUAGAUGCACCGGGAGUACCAUUGCUCAUUUCGAUCCAGACACUCACCAAGCUUGAGGCUGUGGUGGAUUUUGGACAUGAUGUCAUGCGUUUGCAUGGAGUGGAUGAAGAAUCGUGGAUUCCUUUGGUGAGAGGCCGAAACGGUCAUCUUUUGCUAGACCUCACAAAGGACUGGUUUCACUCAGGAAUGGACCUGAAAUCGGAUGAUCAGUCCGGUGGAGCAUAUAAGGGCGCUUUUGCCGCUGAAGCCGCAGAUGAAGUAGUUAGUCAACAUGCAUGCUCUUCUCUACCUCUCUUACAUGUUCACGGUCCUCCACCUCUCCAUCCAGAACAACUCACUUCGGAUGUUAUGUCAACUUUAGUUUUUGGGCAUGGUGAAGCAGAGCAUGAAGUUGAGAAAGAGGCCAGCCAACAAGUUUCUUCUGAAGAAAUUUUGACAGCUGAACCAAUUUCUGAAUGUGAACUGAUGACGGAAGAGGAAUACCGAAGAGCAAAAUUGGAAAGCAAGACAGCUGAUGAGAGUGCGAGUGCCGGUGUGGACUCAGGCUCAAGUAUGCAUCGCGUGCUACCGGCUUUGAUUGCUAUCUCAUCGGAAGGCACCAACACGACAGCCACUACGAAAGCCAAGGCCAAGUCGCAGCAGAAAAAGCCCACCAAGUCCAAGAAGGACCGUACACCGUCCCCGGAGAAGUACGACUACCAGCGGGCGGAAGGACCCGACAUGAGGGACGGCCGAGCCCAGGGCUACCCAUGCUUCGGCCAACAUGUUGCGAUGGCCGAAGGGAGGGGCAGCUUGUCGGGCCGCAACAAGCAUGGCCGAUGGACAGUUUGCAGCCAGUGCAGACUGAGAAUUCAAUAUGUGCCGGCAUACGGUGCCACAGGGGCACACCGUCAGGCUGGUCCCUUGGGACCCGACUCGGCCACAGUGGUGUCCAUGGUGAAGGGCAAGAUCGAGGAAGACCCCCUGGAGAAAGAGAAGCUGAACAGCAAGCCUUGCAGCAGCCUGGCAGCGGAGGUCUCACUUCGCCAAAGGCUGGAAAAGCUGGAGGCAGACAGGAAGAAGAAACCACCGCAGCUUCGACCAGGGGAGAAUUCCAAGGCGGCUCCUUCCACUCCGCCGGCCACAGCUCAGGGCUAUGUCACCAAGGUCACCAAGAAAGCUGUGAAAAGGGAAUCCGAAAAGACAGCCGAGAAGGCAGAGGAAGCCAUGGAAGAGCAAGUGGAGGACGUCAAUCACCUUUAUGAGGAACUACAGGCUGAUGGUUCCAAGGUGUAUCUGAUGGAACUCUGUUGUCCUCCGGACAGCAGAUUGGCACAGACGUUUAUCCAGCGGAAGAAGGGUGCCAUCCGGGUUGGUUUACCAGCCAUUGAUGUGAGCACCAAGAAGGGCAUCCAAGAGGUGGAGAGUAUGCUGGAGAAGUGGCGUCCAGAGCUCUUAUGGAUAUCGCUUCCUUGUGGGCCGUAUUCACCCAUUCAGACCCUCUUCAAUGAGUCCACUCCAGAAAAGAAGGAAAAGAGCAUGGCUAGAAAGCAUCAGGCCAAGAGACUGAUUCACCAUGGGAUAAGGGCAGCCCGUUUCCAAUUGAGCCUAGGCGGAGACAUUGCCUGGGAAUGGCCAAGGGACAACGGAGGUUGGAACCUUCCACGGGUGCGAGAACUGUGGGAUGAACUGAGGUCCAAGGACCGUUUGUUUGUGGCCAAGAUCGAUGGAUGCAGCUAUGGCCUGAAGAGCUCAAGGGGCAAUCCUAUAAAAAAGCCUUGGAAAGUCAACACCACCUUGGCACCUCUGGCAAUUGGCCUGGAACGAAGAUGUCCAGGGCAUGAGCACCACGAUGAAUGUCUUGGUGGAAAAGAAGCUCGACUUUCCGGCUUUUAUCCUCAGGCUAUGUGCGACGUCAUCUACCGAGUGCUGAUGGAAUGCAGUCGUGGAAAGGUCCAUAGCAUCUCUCCGGUCUUUGGCACUGAAGACUUCGAUGACAUCCAGAGAGAGAUUCGAGAACCUCUGGAUGAGAAGGAGAAAAAGCCUGGAAAAGUUGCACCGCAAGACUGGGCAUCCGUCCAAUGCAGCUCUGGCGAACACACUGCGACAUCGUGGCGCACAUCCGGAAGUCCUGGAAUUGGUAGUAGCAUGUCCAUGAACCUGAAACUUCGUGUGCGAGCACAACAAGCGUUUUUGAAACAACAAUCCUUCGAAGCAAUCACUAGAGCGGCCAAUGCGAAGACACGAAAAGCUUUGGUGUUUUUGCCAGGGGAUGUCGUGUAUUUCAAACGCAUCAAACCUCCUGCGCAACCACAAGCACAGGUCAUUGCGGAAAGCAGUGAGGCUGCAACUGCAAGUUGGACUUUUCAUAGUUUGGUGCAAACUCUCUACAAAGGGCAGUAUGAGAUCUUAGAUGAUCACACGUUCCCAGAAGAUAGUAGCGAACGAACAUCUGCAACGGAGAGAAGAUCUCGCUCUUUAGCAAGAGCACCUCCAACACCGAGAAGAGCCUCCUCCAUCCCUGCAAGAGAUAGUGCGAUAACACCUCGCAGAGAAAUGGAAAUGACCUUGCAAGAGCUAGCAGAGACUCACAAGAAGAAACAGAAGGUGACUAGGCCAUCUCCGUCUCCGAGCACUCCUAUGCCCUCUUCUAUGCCUUCAACUCCCACUCCGGCAGUAGCAUCAGAUGGUGUAGGUGGUACAGACAUUAGUCUGCAAGAGUAUCUCAGAAAUCCAGCCUAUGAUCCUCCAGCACAGGCCGUGCAACCAAAAUCACGAUCAAUGGGUGAGCUGUUUGAGCAGCCCCUAUUCAAGAGGCAGAAACAAGCUCUGGGAGAGGCAGAUGAUUCUGCCUUGUUUGCUACUUCCUUUUUCAAUUCUCAGCAUGAGCUUCGUUGUGAGAAAUUGGCGUGCACGAUCGAUUUGGAUCUGCCAACCAAGUCGUCAGAGUGGAGACGCUUGCGAAGAUCUCCCGAAGCUUUCUACGUGAAGAAGGUGAAAGGAGCAGAAGUGAAGUGGCAUGCCUUGAGUGAUGAUCAGAAGGUUGCUUUCGACAAGGCCAAACAGACCGAGGUGUCUCAGUGGUUGAGUGCAGCGGCCGUGAAACGAGUGUUUGGACCUGUGCCAAAGGACCGUCUGGUCAAAAUGAGAUGGGUCCUCACGUACAAAGAAUCAGGGGCAGCAAAGGGACGUAUAGUCCUAAUAGGCUAUCAAGACCCAGACUUAGCCUCACUCACAACGGCCGCGCCCACCAUGUCCCAGCGGACACGACAAUUAGCUCUACAAUUCUCAUCUGUAAAAGGAUGGCGAACCCUGAAAGCAGACGUGAAGGCUGCAUUUUUGCAGGGUACUGCGUCAGAACAACAGAGAAAUUUGUUUGCUAUUCCGGUGCCGGAACUUGCAAGUGCACUAGGUUGUCAACCGGGCGAAGCAGUCCAGGUACUGAAGAGUUGUUACGGACUUGUCAAUGCUCCCUCUAGUUGGUUCCUGUGUGUCAAAGAGACCCUUGCCAGCUUGUCCUUUGUCCAGUCCAAGACAGACCCUUGCCUAUGGUUCUUUCAGAAGCAAGUGAGCGAUAGUGAAGCUGUAACUCUUGGAUACAUUUGCUCGCAUGUUGAUGAUUUCUUGAUAAGUGGAGACGAACAAUCGGAGGAAUGGAUGAAUGCCUUGCAGUCCUUUUAUGAUCGCUUCAAGUGGUCACCCUGGGAAUGCAACACGUAUACACACUGUGGCAUCCGGAUCCGAGAAGAUGUCACUUUCGUCAUGUGGUCAGAUGCAGCACUAGCUAAUCGAAGAGAUUUGAGUUCAACUGGCGGUUUUGUUUUGGCGGCAACCAAUCAAAGCAUGCUGCGAGGUGAUUUGGCACCUUUGUCGCUUAUCUCGUGGAGAUCGGCGAAACUUCAGCGAAAGGCGCGUUCUUCUUUGGCAGCUGAGGCGCAAGCUCUGAGUGAAGCCGACCAAGAGUUGAUGUACACUAGGUUGCAGUGGAGUGAGUUUUGCGGUUUCCCAAUUGAUUUGAAAGACACAGCCAGCAGUGUAUCUAGAAUCAAGGGAGCAGUGGUCAUAGACGCCAAAGCAUUGUUCGAUGUUUUGCAAAAGAAGGAUCUGAACUCGGCUGGUGGUGGUUUGAGGGACAAAUUUUCUUUUUUGGAGGUUUUGUGUUUAUUGGAAUCUUUGGAAAAACACCAGACCGAUGUAAAAUGGGUCCAUAGCGAAAUUCAGCUUGCCGACGCUCUGACAAAGCCACUUCCUCACGGUGUUUUGCAGAAAGUGUUGAUUGAAGGAAAGUGGCGACUGACGUUUGACCCUAAUUUUGUCAGUUCCAAGCGUUUGCGCAAGCAGCGAAAUUGUACAGAAGGCAACAUGGUAAUUUCCGGCACCUCCUUGGGGCGUGUGAGUUUGAGUAGCAGUCAGCCUCAGGCCCACCAUGAUUACGGACAAAAAGAUGGACUCCACUCACAUCGACUACACAGGAUGGAGAUUGGAUAUGUGCUGAAGCUGCGGAUGUUCCCGUUCGAGACAGUCAACGGAAAGUUCCGUGAAGUGUACAGUCGCUGGAUUUUCAUGUUUGGCUUCUUGAUGAUCUCGCUGCCUCUGUGCUGCCUCUGUUGCGCGGUCUGCGCCUUCUUCAGAAUUCGGAAGAAGGAUCGUGGGGCUCCAGCUCCAGCUGAGCAGCCACCACAGCCUGCCGAGGUGUGA